UCUCGCAGCUGGCUAGUAAACGACAAAUGUUUGGAAAUGCAUUUCAUUUAGAUAUUAACAAUUGCUAAUUGAUCAUGUCCAUAUCGGAGCAGCAUCGCUCAGGAUUGCGCGAUCUACUGUGUAAUGAAACAAAUAUACCCGUGCUGCUGCAACUGGCAAGGAGUGUAACAAAAAAUGUGUGCAGCAUCGAUGAGCCCGAGGAGGCUUUAGGUUACCUUAUAACACAGGUCGGCGACACACACAAACUUCUACAUAAGCGACAUAUCACAAAAGAUUUGUUAUUUAGAUACCUGAACACACGUUUACCUGGCACCUCGACAGACUUCACAAAAGCCGAUUUGGUUAUGAAAAUAAUCCAGUAUUGGGACAAACAGUUAAAUGGGGCAGUUUCAAAAGCUCCGGACUCCACUCAUGCGGACGCACCCUUAAUGCAGAUAGCUAACGAACAGGACUACCCAAUACAUCUGAUGGCACGCAAAUUUGGUGAAUGGUUUUUCAACAAGUAUAAUUCUGAUAGCUUAAUUCUGUCCGAUCUCUGGAGCGAUGCAGCUCUGGAGAUGAAAGUCAUUGCGGAUGAUGGAGCCAGCGACUUUGAAUGUUGCAGCGCAGAGCAGGUGCUCGAAUGCCUAGUCAAAGCUAAACAGACAUUUGGCUUCUACUUCAACCCUAACUUAUCGCAUUCUGGUGUCCAAGGACGCAUCGAUCCCUACGGCCAAGUUAUAGUGCUCUGCUGUGGCACACUGCACUCAGCCGAACGCUCUGUGGGUGUAUUCGAGUGCGCCUUUGGACUACUGCGCGAUCCGAACGAAGGCAACAACUGGAAACCCAAGAAAUUCAAGUGUUUGCUGCGCAGCGAACUGAGUCCGCCUCGAUUACACACCUUGGAUGAAAGCAAGACGCUACAAUUAGCAUUAACUCUGCCCACGCCAACUGACGCACUUGACUAGGUGGUUUCAAUUGAACUAUACGACUAUGAAUAACCUAGAAUUAAGGC